AUGUCUGCGAUUCAGAAUGAAUUUGAAGCCAGUUUGGAAAGUGCUGCCCACAUGGAGGAGGAUCAAGACGAGGCCAGUGAGCUGCACUUGGAAAGGAGAAGCCUCGUUCUGCAGUUCCUGCACUCCACCCUGAGCCUCCAGCACCUCCAGCACCUGCGGGACAAACUGGAGCUUCUGAAGAAGAGCUCCUUUUACUUGGAGAUUGAGCCCAAACAAGUGGUCGUGAGAGACCAGAACCAGGAGACGUACCACACGGACAUCUUCCAACUGAUAAACCCCAUCCAGCUCCUGAAGAUGAAGAAGGUAGGGAAAAGCCAGACUCAAAUCCAGCUGUCUCUUCUAGCUGAGCUGCUAGAGGAGCUGCAGCGAGGCCGGGAGGAGCUGAGCUCUUACGCAGAGACCCGCGACACGCCGACUUUCCUCUCCCAGUGGGACUUAAUCAUGCAGAGGAUGUCCCAGCUCUCCGAAUUUCUGGAAGAACUCCUUUCCCUGCAAACUCCAGGGCAGCUGCACAUGAAGCAUCCGCUGCUGCUGCCCUUUGAGGCGCAGCGUUGGGGCGCUGCCCUCCCUGCCAUCGGGCUCUCCCUCUCCACAAAGCCGCCGCUGCUUUUCGACCGAGAGAAAUCCUUUGCAGGCCAGGACUGGGCCAAACUCCAGUGGUCUGCAGACAAGCGAGAGCCCCUCGCCGAGCAGUACGAGCUGCACGUGACCCUGCUGACAAGCGGGGGGCCGGGGGAGCCGGGGUACAGGCGGCUGCAGCUCGUCCCCUCCAGCACGUGCCUGGUGCGGGGGCUGCAGCCUGGCAGGGGCUACGAGUUCACCGUGAGGAGGUCGGACGCUGGCACCCUCGUCUUUCAGAGUUAG